UCUAAGGGUACCAGUUCAUUCGGUAAGCGUCACACCAAGACCCACACUCUCUGUAGACGUUGUGGUAACCGUGCUUUCCACAAGCAAAAGAAGACUUGUGCUCAAUGUGGUUAUCCCGCUGCCAAGAUUAGAUCUUUCAACUGGUCCGAAAAGGGUCAACGUAGAAAGACCACCGGUACCGGUCGCAUGGCUCACUUGAAGGAUGUUCAACGUCGUUUCAAGAACGGUUUCCGUGAGGGU